AUGCAGGAGAUAGAAGAGUUGGGCUGGAUGCUGCCAGGAGGCUACAUGGACGUCCCAGCCAACAGGAACAAGGAGCUUGUCCAUGUUCUUGGAUCCUACAUUGACAACGUGGUCGGGUCCCGGAGGCGGAUGUACGCGUGGAGCGUUCCGUGCGAGGAAGCUCUGCGAUCAAUCGCUCAGGCCUCACCCAACGGAAUCCUUGAGCUGGGAGCAGGGACUGGCUACUGGGCUUCGCUGCUGAGGAGUCGAGGAGUGCCAGUUGUAUGCUAUGACAGGGUGCCUGUCAGUGGUGCAGUGCGAUUCGGGGAGAGGCAGGAGGGAGGGCAAACGAUUCCCGAUGCUCAUGUUCACACUUGCUCUCACAACUCUGUGGAAGGGCACGCGAAGAUCAACUCCCAGCAUGCUCUGAGGAGCUCGAUCUGCUUGCAGGACUUUGACUGUCACUUCACAGCGACUGCUGCGCCAUUCUACAAGGUCCAUGAAGGAGGAGCCGCCGCGGUCGACGAGUUCCCAUCACGCGCUCUCAUGCUCUGCUGGCCGCCCAAGGAGCAGGAGUGUUCCGCGUGCGAGGAGAGUGGGAAGGACCAGGACACAGAGAGCAUCUUCCUCGCCCUGCAGGUCCUCUGCUUCCUUGACGAGGCUGCUGGUUCACAGCUGGUGCAGGCGCUGGAGAAGUACAAGGGAGACACGCUCAUCUACGUCGGGGAGUGGACAGGGAGGACGGGGAGCCUCAAGUCGCUGAGUCCGCACGGAGAGACGGCAGGACCCAAGUUUCAAGCUAAGGUGCUGCGGGAGUGGGACCUUGUCUCAAGGACGGCCCUCCCUUCCUGGCCCUUCGUGCAUGAUGAGCUGAGUGUGUGGAGGAGGAAGAGGCUGCAUGCUCUCUCGCCCUGUCAAGCUCCUUCCUCUCACAGACCCUGCGGGCCGACAGGACCCAUUUCGUCAAGCUCUGACCUGAGCUGCGAGUACCGUCGGCGUGUUAUCGAGAUACAUCGGCGACUGUGGGAAGAAGAUUUGAUCCAAUACGCCAAGAAGAACUCGACGGAUGAAUUCUCGGAUGCUGAGAAGAGGAUUAUUCAAGGUCUGCAGGGGGCUAGGGAUACUCAAGCAGCUCUGCAGGUGAUGCUCAAAGAAUUCGUGGGAUGGUGCGACCAAAACUGCCCUGUCGGGGACGUUUGGAGCAGCAGAAGAGAAGGGGAGCAUUCGGGGGAAGAUUGA